AUGAUAUGGAGAAUCGCUAGCGUUCGUCGCGCCAUGCGUAUCACUUUGAUUUUCCUGCUCAGUCUCGUGUGGGCUUCUUUCUUCGUCACCUUCAUCGGUGUGCUACUCUAUUGCUCCCCUGUCGAAGCCAAUUGGGAGACCCAUCUUGUCCUAGAGGGCAAGGCACACUGCGGAAGUAUAGCCGCCAUGAUCGGCUUGAGCCAUACAGCCACCGUGACGACAAUCAUUACAGAUAUCGGGUGUGCAAUGCUUCCCGGUGUGCUUCUUUGGAAGACACAGAUGAAGUCUCAGGCCAAGCUUGAAGUUUUUGCUCUGAUGUCUGUUGCAUCUAUGGCCUCUAUCAGCACGAUUGCACGUGCACCCUUCAUUUCUCACUACGAGCAGCCGGAGGACAAUCUUAAAUAUUACAUCGGCUACAUCGUCCUGUUCUCCAAUGUAGAAACCGGAGUCGGCUGCGUCGCCUCAUGCCUGCCUGCUAUCCGGCGGCUCCUUAUGCGCAUCGCCAAGAAGGAGACCUCAGAGCACAAGAGCUCGAAUGCGCAAGUAGAUGAUUCCGGAAUCGUCACCAUCGGUGGCGGUGGAGGCGGGUCCUCAAGCCGUGGCCGCAAGCAGAGGGGCAGGUUUUCCAACACCGCGGAGAGGGGUGGCAGCCUCACCACAGUUCAAGCCACCGGCGGUGCCAGAGCUGGCGAGUGGACGCAAUUGAAUGACGGCGAUUCGGAUGAGGUGCCGUUGUCGCCUUGGAAGAAACCAAUGGAAUCGAAGCCUACACAGGGUAUCGGGAUGGACUGUACUCACGAUGUAGAGCUUGAGCCGGUGAAGAUAAGCGUAGCUGGAACUGAUCACAAGUUAUAG